CAGCUGCUGAGAAAGCGUCCGACUAACAAUGCAGAUCUUCGUUCGUGCUGACCGUACCUACACCCUCGACGUUGAGGCUUCUACCUCCGUCUCCGCUGCCAAGGCCCAGAUCGCGGCCAAGGCCGGCUUCCCCGCCGAGGAGCAGCGUCUCGUCUUCUCUGGCCAGUCCCUUGAGGAUGCCGCCACUCUUGCCUCCUACGGUAUCACCAAGGAGUCCAACAUCGACUUGGUCUUCCGUCUUUGCGGUGGUGCCAAGAAGCGCAAGAAGAAGACCUACACUACCCCCAAGAAGAUCAAGCACAAGCACAGGAAGGUCAAGCUUGCUAUCUUGAAGUACUACAAGGUCGACGGUGACUUCAAGAUCCAGCGUCUUCGCCGCGAGUGCCCUGCCCCUACCUGUGGUGCUGGUGUCUUCAUGGCCUUCCACAAGGACCGUCAGCACUGUGGUAAGUGCGGUCUUACCUACGCUUUCGAGAACAAGGCUUAA